UUUUUGGGUAUUCCCGUGACUCAUUAGAAUCUCUGGAGGGAGAUAGGAGGCAUUACGUAUAUUUUCGGAUAAACCCAAAUAAUUCUUUGAAGCUCUGCUAGUUAUCUGGAAUAAGGUACUAUUGAAAAUGUCUCAGCCUCAUCAAAGAGGCAGGGAUCAAAGUUACAUUGUGAAAACUUUUCGCAAUCCCAACGCUUCACAAUAUUAUGCCUACCACCAGCCAGAGUUCCACUGGAGGAGGGACAUGCCAAAUCCUAGCCAGCCUCCUGACCAUUACCGUGGUCACCCACAUAACCCAUACCGCCACGAUGAUCGCGCCUCGCGCGGCACCAGCUACCGCCAGGCGGACUUCAAGUCUCGCGGCCGGAUGAGACGAGGCCAGGGUCGCUACCAGGGCAACUUGGAUGAUGACGCCGAGAUGGGAGGACGACGACCUCGCAUGCAGCAGGGCGAUGAUCGACGCCGAGGGAUGCGCGGCAGGGGCCGGCCGCGACCCAGCCGCGGCAGAGGGCGCGGACUACCACCAGGCGGCGGUGGAAGGAACCCGCCCAACGCCUCGCAGCCCAGCUGGUUCAGAGUCAUCGUGAAAAACGGGCAGACGUUCGGGAAGGAGUUCGUAAUGAACGCCAUCAAUGAGAACCUUCCGGAGCCGUAUAUGCCGAUCGGGUACACGAAUGAAGCGAACCGGAACGACGUCCACUUUUUCGUGGAAAACAAGAUGACUGCCGACACGAUAUCGGCUCUGGACGGGCGGAUAUUGGCUCCCAACGGCAGCAAAAUGAAAAUCAUGUCGAGGCGCUCAGAGCCGCCCAUGCUGACGGUGGAUGACGCGAUCAAGGCCGAACUGGCGCAGGCGCUCAGCAACCGUUAUAUGCCAGCCAACCGGACCCUGAACCUGUCACAGUUCUACAUGGACCCUUAUAUCCGCGGCAAGGGUCUGUACCUGCCGCUGAACCGCCAGAACGUAGUGGCAGCCGUGCUGGAGAUUAUUACCGGCCAGAUCCCCGAGGUGGUUGGCAUCAACCUCUCCAAGAACCGCAUCACCAGCCUGAUGCCGUUCAAGGCCAUCAAGAGCUCGCUGAAGGACCUGAAGGCGCUCGAUCUCAGUCACAACUCGCUGGGUGCCAUCACUCACCUGGACUCAGUACAAGGCAUGGCGCUAAUCGAGCUAAACCUGGACGGAAACCACCUCUGCGACAGCUUCAAAGAGAAGGCGGAGUACAUCAGCGCGGUGCGGAAACGCUUCCCGAAGGUGAUUCUCCUGGACAACGUGGAGCUGCCUCCGCCGAUCGAGUUUGAUGUGGAGGAUGACGCGGCGGCCGUGACCAAGCUGCCCGAGAGCAAGAGCUCCUACUUCUGCGGCACACAGCCCAGGGACAUAGCGCUCAUGUUCCUGAAGCAGUACUUUGACGUGUUUGACGCCGACAAGCGGGACCCGCUGAUGGACGCCUACCACGACAACUGCCGCUUCAGCCUGAGCGUCUCGCUCGGCCACCGCAACAGUAACGAACGACUGAACCUGUGGCUGCCGGACAGCCGGAACCUGCUGCGCACGGCACGCGAGCGACAGGCGGCCCUGCUGCGCUCGGGAAAACUGGAGGUGCUGGGCGCCCUGGCGCGGCUGCCCAAGACGCAGCACGACUCCAACUCGUUCACGGUGGACGUGCCCGUGGCCAAUGAGCGUCUGAUGCAGAUCAGUGUCAGCGGCGUGCUCAAGGAGCGAGAGGAGCGCCACAGUCCGAUCCGCGCCUUUUCGCGGGUCUUUGUGAUCGUUCCGCAGGGACAGGGUUUCUGCGUCGUCAACGAGAUGCUAUCAAUCAGCGUGGCCACCCCCGAACAGAUCAAGGGAGCGUUCAAGGCGGCGGCUCCGACUCCGUCGCCUUCUCCGAUACCUCACGUACCGGUGGUGCCGGGCGUGGCCCCGCCCCCAGUGGGCGUGGUCUCGGAGGACGUGCAGAAACAGAUGACGGUGCAGCUGGCCACCGUUACCGGAAUGAACCCUCAUUGGGCGCUCAAGUGUCUACAAGAGAACAGCUUCGACUACGACCGCUCCUUGCUGGUGUUCAACCAGCUCAAGGUGGAGGGCAAGGUGCCUCCCGAGGCCUUCCUGCCGGCCUGAGCGGCGCGCCCGGUAGGCCCGGGGGUCCUGUGAGUUGUCCCACAGCAGCGCGGGGAACGGGAACGGGUGUGUACCCUACCCAGCGGCGUGGAUCUCGGCGUCUCCCGAUGGGUGGGGGAGUCGGCGGCUCGGGGCCGGGUUAUCGAAGGAAGGCCGGCGCCGUGCGUGUGGGUGAGGGUACACCACAGCAGUGCCGAGCACCCAAGGGAAGCCGGCUGCGGCGUUCGGGCCGCGUCGUAGCGUGUCGACUUUAUUGGUGACCUCUUUAAGUGCCUGAGCAGUGAGCGUGUGUGCGCUGCGGCCUCACCAAUGCACUAAAUCAGUGUACUUUGUGACUGCUAUGAUAAUGGCAGCACUAAGCUGCACUAGGAUUUGAUCAGUGAAGCUUUCGGUUAUCCAUUUUUGGAGAAACACAACUUUUCGCUUGUUCCUCACACGCACGGUGAAGCGGCGUCAUAAUUUACGAACACGGCGAUGGGCUGUGGGAAUGGAUGGGUUGAGGGGAGGGGAAUGUAUGAAAGAUGUGAGGGAAGGGGCUGGGGUGGUGUGGGGUUGGGUGGACUCUUAGCGGGUCCUGUAGGUAGUAGUUAUGCUGUAAAUGGUAGUCUGUAGAUAGCAGUGUGUGUGUGUGGAGGAGGGGAGCCAGUGGCUGUGCUUGUCGCACGGACGGCGCUGUGGCCGCCGCGGACCCUCAGUUGCAGGGCCGUCGGGUUUUACUGUCUUGGUGCGCGCGGGCGGGCUGAACGGACGCCGGUAGGGCUCAGACCCGGCCGUUGGUCGUUUUAUUACGGUGUUGGUCCGUUUGGUUUGUUUUAGCAUCGGCACCGUUCAGGCCGCAGCGCGCCCGAGCCCGAUCGUGCGAUCGUGUUGGGUCAUGUUGUAUGGUGAUGGCCCCGUGAAUGUCGCGCGGGCCGAAAGCACCGCCUCUGUGGCGUCUCCGGUCACCAGGCGCACCUGACAGGCUGUCUCUGCCCCGCACCCGCCGUCACCGCCGUCAGUUUUUGGCUGCAAAAUUGGCCUUGCUGCCUUCACCCAGCGUUGGCCCGCCGUGGUCAAAAGCUGCGGUUAGAUGUGGAGGGAAUCGCUGGCCGGGAGUCGCCCUGCGUCUCCUCGGCCGCCUCCUGUGAGCGCGCAGAUUCUCUGCCGCGCGCCGCGCCGCGUUUCCGUGUCCGUCCGCGGCUCUGCGGCGCCCCUUGGGGGUUGUCGCGCCAGAGCCAGCCGAGCUGUAAGCAGUACCGCAGAAGCCCGGAAGGGCAGUACCGAGCGGCGUUGGUCGAGUCGCCACAGUGCGGCCGACUGGACGAACCCGCCGCGUCGGAGGGGAGGGCGCGCCCGACUGGGAGGCGCUGAGUCGCCCCCGGCGGGCGGGCGGCCGGCCCGGAGAGGUCGGUCCGCCAGCGCCGCUGCCACGGAGGAGACAUGGGUCUCCAGUGAGGGCGGACGGACCGGCCGGCGGUACUUUAGACACCAAACGACCACCGGCGGAGUUGCGCCGGUUGUGGAUGGCGGCGGCCAGGCGGGACGGUGUAAAGACAGCCUGACAGAGCGCUACGCGGCACCGCGCCUGCGAACAUAACACCGGUGCCCGGUGCUCGCAAAAAUUCAUACGCUUUAGCGAGUAUGUGAGUUGUGCCGCAUUUCAUUUUGUGAGUUCUCUGGAGCCGCAUUUCUAUUUCGUAGUCACUGAAAUGAGGAAUCACGCAAAUUGCUUUUGGUGGUACAAAACUCCCCGCCUUUUCACUGGUGUGCAGUUGUAUUUUAAAACACAUUCAUCUGUAAUUUUCCGCUGCGGUUAUUAUCAUGAUUGUUCAGUUCCAUUCCCCUUUCUCGCAGAAGCGCUCAGCGGACACAGAUAUAGAGGUAUACCACAGUCUCGCGGUUAGAAUAAUGGGCGGCUGCCCCACGCUUCACUCAUGGCAUUCGAGUGCCAGUAAGCGACCCACACUGGUGACAUCUGUCACAGUUUGACGUAGGUAGCGUGCCCACAUUCCCUGAUUUGACGUCAGUGACUCGUUUAGUUUCCGAUGUGUAAGCGGCCUUUUCCUAAAAACAACUGUUGUGUCUCUCUGCUGGUAACCAUGUGUAGCUCGUUGUCGAAUUCGUUUUUAAUUAUUUGUUGUUCUGUCAUCACCAUCUUGAAAUUGACUGCAGCGGUGUGCUUCUGUUGGCGUUGCUGGAUCCAUUUGGCAUAAUGUGCGGUCUGACAGAUGAUCGUGUUAUGUUCUGCGAUGAGCUACUGACAAUGCUGUGCAUUUCGGAAUGAAUGAAAAAUCGUA